AGUGAAGUGAAUUUUGUUUAUUUUCACCAGAAUAAUAAAAAUAGACGAUGGAAUGUUUGUAACGUGUUCAUUUCCGCUCAAUUUUCACAAAACCGGCAAGUUCCGCGCAUAGAAUUGGUUCAAUGAGUGGCAGUUUGCCCAUUAUUUAUGUUUAUACAUUUUUGUUUUGAUUAUCUUUCGUUGGUGCAUUCUUACCGUUCGUCUCAAGUAUCCAAAGAUUAGCCUUUCUAAUCUUUCACAAAUCACUGUUAGCAAUGUUAAGCCACAAAUGAACUAACUACAAAUGAAAUACUCAAAAAGAUGUGCCUGCAUUCUUUUAUCUUUGUUGUGCCUCGUACAAAUAAAUCAAGGACAAUUUACAAGUAACCCCCUGCUUUUGUAUUCCACUACAAAGGAUAUCAGAAUUGCGAAUACGACAAGGAAUAGCAAUAAUAAAAUAACGACUUCACUGCUGGUGAAAAAUUUUACAGAAGGCCCGGCUAUUGACUAUCAUUAUGAGGAAGAAAAGAUUUGUUGGACUGACCAUGGACUUGAAAGCAUACUAUGUGCUCAUUUUAAUGGCACGGAGGUCAAAAAUAAGGUUGAAGUAGUCAGCACCGACCUCUUAUCACCAGUAGGACUCGCGUGCGAUUGGUUCACAAGCAAAUUGUAUUGGUUAGACAGUGAAACCAAACGCAUUGAGGUCGCUACCAUGGAAGGCCUACACCGUAAAGUGCUCUUCUGGACUGACAUCGAUCAACCACGUGCCAUAGCUCUAGCCCCCAUGAAAGGUCUAAUGUUUUGGACUGAUUGGGGCGAAGUCCCAAAAAUCGAACGGGCGGGAAUGAACGGAGACCCCGCGACGAGGAGGGUCAUUGUAAAUACUACGAUAAUAUGGCCUAACGGCCUUACAAUCGAUUAUGAAACGGAAACGAUUUUUUGGAUUGAUGGGAGUUUGCAAUUUCUUGAAAGCAUGACGUUUGAAGGAACGAAUCGGACGACGGUUUUGAAAUCGGGGUUUCAGUAUCCCUUUGCUUUGACGAUGUUUCAAACGAAAAUUUAUUGGACCGAUUGGAAAUCAUGGUGUAUUCACUUAUACGAUCAAAAUACGAAGCAAUCCAAAGAAUUAAUCGACCAUUUAGACUAUACCGUACCUAUGUAUAUACAAGUCUACAACGAAUUGAGGCAACCAAAGCGCCCACACGCGUGUGCAAGGAACAACGGCGGUUGUUCCCACCUCUGUUUAUUGUCCCCUAACCCUCCGGGCUUUACAUGUGCCUGCCCUUAUGGAAUUAAGUUAAUUGAUAACUUGACUUGUGCCAAGGGACCUCAGGAAUUACUUCUGUUAGCUCGACGAACUGAUAUUUGUUUAAUCCACAUGGAUUCACCCGACUAUACCAAUAAAAUUCUACCUCUCCACGACGUUAAAUACACCAUAGCUGUAGACUACGACCCUGUGCAAGGCUACAUCUACUGGUCCGAUGACGAAGUUAAAAAAAUACAACGAGCUCGUCUUAACGGCUCCGACCAAUCGGACGUUGUUAUCGACGAAAUCCAACACCCAGAUGGCAUUGCAGUCGACUGGGUCUCCCGGAAUAUUUAUUGGACGGAUGCCGGGACUGAUCGUGUUGAAGUCUACCGACUUGAAAAGAAAUACCGAAAAGUGAUCAUUUUCGACGAUUUGAUGGAACCCAGAGGUAUUGCAGUAGCGCCAGAAUUGGGUUGGUUGUUUUGGUCGGAUUGGUAUGACAAGAACCCCAAAGUCGAAAGGGCCAAUUUGGACGGUUCUGAUCGUACUGCCAUUGUUUAUGAAAAUUUAGGGUGGCCAAAUGGCAUUACUUUGGAUUUGAAUAAGGGAAGAUUGUAUUGGUGUGACGCUAAGACUGACAGGAUUGAACAUGCGAAUAUGGAUGGGGGUGAUAGAAGGGUGCUGAUUAGUAAUGAUUUGCCUCAUGUUUUCGGGUUUACUUUGAUGGGCGAUUUUUUAUAUUGGACUGAUUGGCAACGAAGGAGCAUUGAGCGGGCCCACAAAGACACAGGUGGGCGCAGAGAGGUAAUUCUCGACCAAAUCCCGAACGUAAUGGGGUUAAAGGCCAUAAACUUGGGUGAUUUUUCUGGAGAAAAUCUGUGCAGUAAUAACAACGGCGGUUGUUCCCAAUUCUGUUUCUAUUACCACAACAAAACGAAAGUUUGCGCUUGCGAAUUGGGAUAUGAGCUUGCUUCAGACCGUCGAACUUGUACAAAACCGAAAAUUUUUCUGUUAUAUUCGAAAAAGAACCAAAUCGGAAUGAUCGGUAUUGAAAAUCGCGACAACGAAGUUGCCAUACCAUUAACUGGAGUUAACCAUGCUAGUUCGGUAGCUUACGAUACCAACACAAUGCGAAUAUACUGGAGCGACCUGACCUCACGUACAAUAAUGCGAUCGUUUUUCAACGGUUCGGACACCGAAAAAGUGGUCGAUUUAGGUUUAACGUCGCCGGAAGGUAUCGCGAUUGAUUGGUUAGGGUUGAAUAUUUAUUGGACGGAUUCUUUUGCCCAUCGAAUUGAAGUCGCACGAUUGCAAGGUUCAAGUCGGAGGACUUUACUGUGGGAGGGCAAGGUUUACGAUCCUCAUAGCAUUGUUGUGGACCCUCCUAACGGUUAUUUGUAUUGGUCGGAAUGGGGCACUUCGAAGUCAAUUAAAAAAUCGGCAAUGGAUGGGAGUGGCGUUAGCCCCUUGCGAGUUACCAAAGAAUACGCCGCUGAUUUAACCCUUGACUACGACAGUCGGCGGCUGUAUUGGCUUGAAACUAAAUCUGCGAUGAUUUUAUCCGUCGAUUUGGACGGUAACGAUGAAAAAAUCAUCGUCAAGGAUAAUAUUUAUAUGCCGGUUGGGCUAACACUGUACAAGGAUUUUAUUUACUGGAGCAAUUCUGAUGAGAUUAUGAAAGCUAGUAAAAUAGACGGUUCAAAUCGCCAAGUUUUGCAUAAACAAACCGAAAUCACUGAUCUCCAAGUCUAUCACUCCGAUUACCGGGGUCGUAAUCAAUGUGCCACUAGUAAUGGGGGCUGCAGUGAUUUGUGUCUAGCUUUGCCUGCAAAUUCGCCCGAAGAACCGACUAAAUUUACGUGCGCUUGCCCCACUCACUAUUCACUUGUGAACAACGAGUGUUUACCUCCGAAGCAAUUUAUGAUUUAUAGCCAGAAAAACUUAACUGUGAGGUUGUUACCGAGUCCGACCGGUUGUUUGGAAGCAGUUUUGCCAAUCCAAGGACUUAAAGCGAUCAAAGCUAUUGAUUUCGACCCAGUCCAGAAUUUUCUAUAUUGGAUUGAGGGAAAGACGCAUUGUAUUAAGCGAGCCGACGCCAGUGGUAACCAUGUUUUAGUCGUGGUUCAAGGAAAUAAAGAAUUGCAACCGUUUGACCUGGUUGUGGACCCAAUUGGACGGUUAUUAUUCUGGACGUCGUCACAAAACGUUAUCAAUGUUACCCGACUUGAUAACACUACACCGUUCGGAGUCGUUGUACAAAAAGACAACGAACAACCGAGACUUUUGGCAAUUCAUGCAACAAAAAGGCUGCUUUUUUACACUGAUGUGGGGCCAUCUCGACAGUUGGUUCGAGCUCGACUGGAUGGCUCACACAGUUAUGCCAUCACGAAAGAAGCCGAUAUAACUGCCAUAGCCGUGGACUCGGAGAACGAUUGCAUUGUUUGGACCCAGGGUCAAAGUAUCUACAUGAGCAAUAUUGAAGGCGAAAAUCAGCACGUGUUGGUGAACGGAAGCCAGGCGAAAAUAACCCAGUUGACAAUCCUGUCAGGGUGGCUCUAUUGGAUUGACCGCGAAUCGACCCAACUCCAUAAAAUCGAGCUCCAGUCUGGAAAAUUGAGCUCGCCGCUGUCCCUUCUCGCAUCACACAUUGUCGAUUUAGUCUCAGUCUCGAAACCAGAGCGCAAUCACUCCUGUUCUCAAUUCCAUCAAAAGAAAUGCUCACACUUGUGUAUUUUCAACGGAACGAGCCCAAUAUGUGCCUGCCCCAAAGGCAAUGUGUUGAAAGAGGACAAGCGAACGUGUUCGGCAAUACAAAAUUGUGGCCCCGAUCGCUUCACUUGCGUUUCCGUGCCAGCAGACCAGGACAAUUGCAUUCCGAUUUCGUGGAAAUGCGAUCGCCAGAAAGAUUGUUUCGAUGGGUCAGACGAGUUGAAUUGUCCCGAAUGUCCCAAAGAUCAAUUCAAGUGUAAAGAUGGGUCGUGCAUUAGUUUGGCACAUGCCUGCGAUGGGAUUGACCAUUGCGCGGAUAAGUCGGACGAAGAGGCGUGUUGUCGUGAUGGGUUUCAGUGUCCCAACACCCAGGAAUGCCUCCCAGCUAAUUUCGUUUGCGAUAAAAUCGACCAUUGUGCCGAUGGGUCUGACGAACAUCCCAGCCAUUGCAACAAUGCGAGUAAAUUGAAGGUUUCGUCGAAUGGCGUUGUCUGGAUCAUACUGGGGGCCUCAGGUGCGACGAUGUUUAUUUCCGGAAUUCUGGUCUAUUUGUUAAAGAGGCGUUCGAGUGACGAUUUGAACGACCAGUCGGAAGAUUCGCUAAGUCCGAUGCAACCAAAACCGCACAUUAAAAUACGCAAAGGGAUCCCCGACGUCGUCCGAAUGUCCAUGAUGACGGGCAGCGAGACCAGCUACGACCGCAACCACAUCACCGGCGCCUCGAGCAGUACGAACGAAUCAAGCCUGACCUGUUACCCCCGCGAACCCUUGAACCCUCCCCCAAGUCCUGCCACAACCCGAGGGAGCAGCCCCUCGUCCAGGUACCGUCCUUACCGACAUUAUCGGUCAAUAAAUCAACCGCCUCCACCUACGCCUUGUUCCACGGAUGUUUGCGAUGAAAGCGAUUGCAACUAUCCGACAAGGAGUAGGUACGACGCUGGGCCGUUUCCGCCCCCGCCCACGCCCAGAUCUCAUUGCCACAGCGAAAGCUGUCCGCCGUCCCCGAGCUCGAGGUCGUCGACCUAUUUUAACCCGUUACCGCCUCCGCCGUCUCCGGUGGCGUCGCCGCCGCGAGGCUACGAUUCUUGAUGUUGUGAUAACAAAACUUAACUCACCAAGAUGGAAAUUCACAUUGUGCCUAUGCAUUUAUGAAUUCGUGUAAAUAAUAUUUAAAAAUUUGAUUUAUACUCCAGACAGACUGUUAAUAUCUCUCGUUAAGUAAAUAUAUCUAGAGAAAUGUUUUUAA